UUACAUAUUUGGCUAAGAGCUGACAACAUUAUAAAGGAGCGCCGCGCGGCCCGGGAUCGUGGCCAUGAGCAGCGCCAGCGAGCCCGUGCUCCUGAGCAACGGCAGCGUCCUGGCGAGCGCCGCGGCCGCCGACGGCGACGGGGCUCUGCAGCAGCUCCCCUCCAAGGAAGCACCGCGAGCCAAGGCCGCUCCCAACGGCUGCCUCCAGCUCAAUGGUACGAUCAAACCGUCCUUCCUGCCUCUGGUCAACCAAAGAGCGCAGCAGAUGUUGUCGCAGUGCUGCCACCCUUGCCCGUACCAUCACCCUUUGAGCAGCCAUAACAGCAAGCACGAAUGUCACCCCGUGGUUGGCAGCUCCGCGCCRUCCCCUGUGACUUCGUGCUGCAUGCAGCCGCACACUGAGUAUUCAGCGUCUAUUUGCCAAAAACACGCAGCCAUCUAUCAGCCCGCGUGCUGUCUGCAGCCCUCGCCGUCCUUCUGCCUUCACCACCAAUGGCCUGACCAUUUUCAGCAUCAGCCUGUGCAGCAACAUAUAGCCAGGAUAAGACCAGCCAGACCGUUCAAGUUACCAAAAAGCUACGCCGCCCUCAUCGCCGACUGGCCCGUCGUGGUGCUGGGCAUGUGCACCGUGCUCAUCGUGGUGUGCGCCCUCGUGGGCAUCUUGGUGCCCGACCUCCCCGACUUCUCGGACCCGCUGCUGGGUUUUGAACCAAGAGGGACGGCAAUAGGGCAGAGAUUGGUCACAUGGAAUAAUAUGGUGAAAAACACAGGCUACAAAGCAACACUGGCAAAUUAUCCUUUCAAGUAUGCAGAUGAGCAGGCUAAAAGUCAUCAGGAUGACAGAUGGUCAGAUGAUCACUAUGAAAGAGAGAAGAGGCAAGCAGACUGGAACUUCCACAAAGACACCUUUUUCUGCGAUAUUCCAAGUGACCGCUAUUCCCGAGUGGUAUUUACUUCAACAGAAGGAGAGAAUUUGUGGAAUUUGAAUGCAAUUAAGUCAAUGUGCAGUGUAGAUAACUUGAGGAUCCGAUCCCAUUCCCAAUUUGGUGAUCUCUGCCAGAGAGCCACUGCUGCCUCGUGCUGCCCCAGCUGGACCCUGGGCAACUACAUUGCCAUUUUAAACAACAGGUCUUCGUGUCAAAAAAUUGUGGAGCGAGACGUGUCUCACACCCUAAAGCUGCUCCGCACGUGUGCCAAAUACUACUACAACGGGACCCUGGGGGCCGACUGCUGGGACAUGAAUGCCAAAAGGAAGGACCAGCUCAAGUGUACGAACGUGCCUCGCAAGUGUACCAAGUACAACGCUGUUUACCAGAUCCUCCACUAUCUCGUGGACAAGGAUUUCCUAAGCCCAAAGACAGCUGACUACGUCUUACCAGCUUUAAAAUACAGCAUGCUCUUCUCUCCCACUGAGAAGGGAGAGAGCAUGAUGAGCAUUUACCUGGAUAACUUUGAGAACUGGAACGCUUCCGAUGGCGUAACGACCAUCACGGGGAUUGAGUUUGGAAUCAAACACAGCUUGUUUCAAGAUUACCUGCUGAUGGAUACUGUGUAUCCUGCCAUAGCCAUUGUAAUUGUUCUGUUAGUUAUGUGUGUGUACACGAAGUCAAUGUUUAUCACGCUAAUGACUAUGUUUGCAAUAAUUAGCUCCUUGAUUGUUUCUUAUUUUCUGUAUCGGGUAGUAUUUAAUUUUGAGUUUUUUCCAUUUAUGAAUCUCACUGCGUUAAUUAUUCUUGUUGGAAUUGGAGCAGAUGAUGCUUUCGUCUUGUGUGAUGUUUGGAACUACACAAAAUUUGACAAGCCCCACGCGGGAACUUCCGAGACAGUAAGCAUCACCCUGCAGCAUGCUGCUCUCUCCAUGUUUGUCACCAGUUUCACCACCGCUGCUGCCUUCUACGCCAACUACGUCAGCAACAUCACAGCAAUCAGGUGUUUCGGUGUCUAUGCUGGCACUGCCAUACUGGUGAAUUAUGUUCUGAUGGUUACGUGGCUACCUGCCGUAGUUGUGUUACACGAACGGUAUCUCCUCAAUAUCUUCAGUUGCUUUAAGAAGCCCCACCAAAGGGUGUUCACCAACAAAAGCUGCUGGACAGUGUUGUGCCAAAUGUUCCACAAGGUGGUUUUUGCAGUCUCAGAAGCGUCCAGGAUAUUUUUUGAGAAGGUUCUGCCGUGCAUUGUUAUCAAAUUUCGGUACAUUUGGCUUUUCUGGUUCCUUGCCUUAACGAUAGGUGGCGCCUACAUUGUGUGCGUGAACCCAAAGAUGAAGCUGCCCUCGCUGGAGCUCUCCGAGUUCCAGGUGUUCAGGUCUUCUCACCCCUUUGAACGCUAUGACGCCGAGUUCAAGAAGCUUUUCAUGUUUGAACGUGUUCACCACGGAGAGGAACUCCACAUGCCCAUUACCGUAAUCUGGGGCGUCAUCCCUGAAGAUAACGGGGACCCUUUAAACCCUAAGAGUAAAGGAAAGUUACAGCUGGAUAACAGCUUUAAUAUUGCUAGCCCGGCUUCGCAGGUUUGGAUUUUACGUUUUUGCCAGAGGCUAAGAAAUCAAACCUUUUUUUAUCAGACUGACGAGCAAGACUUCACAAGCUGCUUUAUUGAGACGUUUAAGCAAUGGAUGGAAAAUCAGGACUGCGACGAGCCGGCUCUGUACCCUUGCUGCAGCCACUGGAGCUUUCCAUACAAGCAAGAAGUUUUUGAAUUAUGCAUCAAGAGAGCUAUCAUGGAGUUGGAAAGAAGCACAGGGUACCAUUUAGACAGCAAAACCCCCGGGCCUCGCUUUGACCUCAAUGACACUAUCCGGGCAGUGGUGUUGGAGUUUCAAAGCACCUACCUCUUCACGCUUGCUUAUGAGAAAAUGCAUCAGUUCUACACAGAGGUGGACUCCUGGAUCUCAAACGAGCUCAGCUCUGCCCCCGAGGGCCUCAGCAACGGCUGGUUUGUGAGUAAUUUGGAAUUUUACGAUCUUCAGGACAGCCUCUCUGAUGGCACUCUGAUUGCCAUGGGUCUUUCCGUUGCCGUUGCGUUUAGCGUGAUGCUGCUCACAACCUGGAAUAUCAUCAUCAGCCUUUACGCCAUCGUUUCAAUAGCGGGGACUAUUUUUGUCACGGUAGGUUCCCUGGUUCUGCUCGGAUGGGAGCUCAACGUGUUAGAAUCCGUGACCAUUUCCGUGGCUGUGGGCUUGUCCGUGGACUUUGCCGUGCACUACGGCGUCGCUUACCGCCUGGCGCCCGAUGCCGACCGCGAGGGCAAAGUCGUCUUCUCGCUGAGCCGCAUGGGCUCCGCCAUCGCCAUGGCCGCGCUCACCACCUUCGUGGCCGGAGCCAUGAUGAUGCCGUCCACGGUGCUGGCCUACACGCAGCUCGGCACCUUCAUGAUGCUCAUCAUGUGCAUCAGCUGGGCCUUCGCCACCUUCUUCUUCCAGUGCAUGUGCCGCUGCCUGGGCCCGCAGGGCACGUGCGGGCAGAUCCCGCUGCCCGGCCGGCUGCGCUGCGCUGCCCUCGCGCCCACCGCCUGCCCAGCCGCCGCCGCGCAGAACCCCCUGCACGCCAGCCUCCUCCUCCAGUCAGUGCACCGGUUUCAGGCCCAUCAGAGAGGGAAUCGGACAGAUGCGUGUGGUUGUCAGAGCGCCGAGGAAAGUGUAAGAACUCUUCCGGAGGUGGCGAGCUCCUCGCAGUUCCUCUGCCAAAAUGUGGGGCCUCUGAUAGUGCACUGCUCCGAGUGCGAGAACAGCGUCCCGAACAGCCAAAAGGGAUCCUGCCAGCAGAAGGACAAGGGGGACGGAAAGGGCGGCGUGGAUGCAAACGGGCUCGAGAGCAAGAAAGCCUCCACGUCGAAGCAGAAGAAGGCGGCGGAGGGCAAAACCRCUGAGCCCGCCGUGCAGGAGGAGCCCGUGUCGAAGGCGGAGCGGGCGGCGGCGAAGCGCCCGGCGAGCCGCUCGGGGCGGGACGCCCGCUGCGAGGGCUGCCGCGAAGCCCCGCGCUGCUGCAGCGCGGCCGCAGCGGUGAAGUGCAAUUCUCUUGACUGUCAUAUGCCAAACGUCGAAGCCAAUGUGCCUCCUCUGCUCCUGCGCCCAGAGCUUUCCAAUGAAAGUUUGUUAAUAAAAACACUAUAAUAAAUCUUUACUUUGGCAAUCUUGUGUCUUUCAUUUAAAAGUACGUUGAAAGCGCUAAAGAGUAAAAGUCUUGAUUCAAUGACUUAUAAUUUGCGUUUUGGAAUGAGAAAUGUGUUUUAUAGCACAGGAACAUUUAUAGGUUUCAUAAAGCCAUUAUGUGCAGUGAAACCUGAUACUGUCCAGAAUGUUUUUGCUGUAACUCAGAAGAUGGAUUAUGCCUUAAUUUUUGCUCCGGGGUGCUUGAGUUUGAAUUCUCCUUAUAAACCAUAUCAAGAAAUAAAGUGAGACCGAGAAACACUCCCUCUCUGGAGCCAGGGGUGUGAGGCCGA